ACUUUUUUUUCUCCUCACCUUCCUCGAAACUGUCAAAGCCAGAGCCAGAAAAGUGAAGAAAUUGUAGCAGAAAAGAUUAUGUUGUAAGAUCCCGUGUGCCUGCGCCAGCCUUUCUUCCAAAAGGAUUGACCCUUGUUUUGUGUAACAAACAAACCAACAAAUUGCCCACAUCAGCUCCAGAGUGUUGUUGGUGUUCCGUACCAGCUUCGACGUAGAAAAAAAACCCAUCCCGUGUGAGCGUGUGUGUGUGUGCGUUAUGGUUUAGGCCUAGAAGAAUCAGCUCGACAGCAACCACCCCAGUGACGACGGGUUGGGAAGGUGAUGCGUACUCCCAAACGUUGCGUACCCAAAAAAAGUAACACAAAACGUACGUAAGUGUGCAGUACAGCUGCAGGAAAGUGAAGAAAAAGCCCCUUCCCAUGUGGGGGGUGACCCAUGAAGGAACCGAAGGAAAACAGCCUUGCACAACUGUGUGACCAUGAUCGUGCGGGGAAGCAGCUGAAGCCAAUCCGGCGGCAAUAGCAGAGAGCGCCUUGUAUGUGCGAAGAAAAAAAAUCGUGUGAAAUGAUGUGAAAAACGGCAGCAGCAGCCGAAAGUGUGCAGUUAGUUGGUCGGCGAGCGACCCGAGAAAAAUAGAACCUGCCGAGGGGCUGCCUGGGUGUGAUAAAGCAAAAACAAAGCGUUAGACGACCCUGCCCGUCCUCGAAGAGAAAACAGUUUGUCGUCGUUCGCGUCGUCCUUUGGUGUGCUCGUCCAAAGGGGGUGGGCAGAGACAGCGCAACCUUGAUCCUCGGCUGCUUCUUACUACGUCAGUCAGUCCGUGAGCGCGCGCGUUGUGUGGGGUGGGUGGCCCGGGCCAAGGUCCACCACAGGGGAGAGACAGGGGCAAAACCAUCCAACCAGAGCGCAACAAAUAGAGAGAGAGAACUCGGUGCUGGCGUAAACACAUUCCUUAUUUAGCGUAUCUCUUGUCGCGGCUUGGUCGUAUCCGUAAGGAUGCCGCAGUGCUACUGUCCAACCCCCUGGGCUGGGUGUGUGUAGAAAAAUAAACAAAACACACCUUUCCGGCGUCUUCCCCCUUGGCGCUCCUCCCCGCUCACCCAAGGUACAGGGGAUGUUGCAAUCUGAUCGAGCGAAAAUUGAUCGCUACACGGAUUGCAAUUCACACAGCCACAGCGCGGGGGAAUGUGUAUCGAGGCCCCCUAACACACCACCACCACGCUGAACUGCGCUGAUAAGUGAAAAGCCCUUCGUGCGGUGUUGUGUCGCGAGUGCACACGAAAGAAAGCGCCAGAAAUUAAAACAAUCGUAGUAGCAUUGACGUGCGUGCCUCUGUGUGUGUUUACCGCUCCCGUGUUCUGUUUCUCCGUUCCAGCAAGAACGCACACGAUCCCUUGUUGCAAAAGGGCGGAAGCUUGUUUUAUUUUUUGUGUUUGUUUGCCUUUCAAGAUUAUCACUAGACAGAGAAGCAUGCUGUGCUAAGUGCGCACGUUGCACAAACGCUGCCACCGCUGCUACUGUCCGCCUGCCGGUGUGAAAUUAUUGUGCUUUGUGAAUUUAUGUGAUUUGAUUUCUCCACGUUGAUUGAGGCGAACAUCUCGCGGUUCGAACGCCGUUGUGUGAAAAAAUGGUUUGAAAACGGUACUCCGGCAUCAUCGCUGUAUCGCCAGAGGAAGCUAAACAACAAACAAACCAGUUGCAGCAGCCGCAUCAGCCCACAGCUUUAGUUGCCUAGUCGUCCCGGCCGCGACAACCUGUACAAUGGGCAGCGUGUGGAAGCGUCUGCAGCGCGUCAACAAGCGGGCGGCCAAGUUUUCCUUCACCGUGUCGUACCAUGAGCUGUUCAUGGAGACGACUGCCAAAUGGCGACCCAACAAGCUGCACGUCGUGUGGACGCGCCGUUCGCGCCGCGUCCAGUCCAGCGCGCUCGAGUGGCAGCCGGACCUAAUCAACCCGCUCAGCAGCACCAUGUCCUGGCCGAUGCCGGACAACCACACGAUCGCGGUCACACUGUUCAAAGACAUCCGGACGCACGAGCUGGAGGAUAAGGAUUGGACGUUCGUGCUGGAGGACGUGUCGCAGCUCGGCAAGAAGCGGGCGCUCGCGUCCGCUACGAUCAACAUGCGCAAGUACGCCAGUAUCGAAUCGACGCAGCAAACGUUUACGCUCCGGUUGCGCCCGGUGUCGAAGAAAAUCCUGGCCGCCAACCUGGAGCUAACGCUGAGCUGCGUGUUUUUGCGCGAGGGCAAAGCAACGGACGAGGACAUGCAGAGCAUCAUUUCGCUGAUGUCGGUCAACAAUGUGUCCGACAUAGCGCCGCUCGACGAUCUCGAGGACAUACCGGAUCUGGAGAACUCGAUCGACUUCUCCGAGAACAUGUCCGAGCUGACGAACCAGCUCGAGCAGCUGACGACGAGCCUGAACAGCUCGGAGCUGCUGACACCGAUGAGCGGCGUGCCCUCGCUGCUGUCCGACGAUCAAACGCCGAUCGUGUGCGGGUCGCGCGAAAUGUUCCUCGACAUGAUGCUGGCGGGGCGGGAGGACGACGGCAGGCGUGAGUUGGACGAGAAUGAGAACAAACCGUCGCUGCAGCACCACCACAGACCACACGCGCGCGAGGAGGGUACUGGUGACGGUGGUCAAGCCGGUUCGCACUCUGCGUCUCCUAGUCAGAGGGAAACUCGUGAAAACAGGCUCCCAGAAACGGUUAAAAGGGAGGAGGAAGAGGAAGAAGACCAGCUGGACAAACAGCUCGACGCACUGGGCGUGCUGGAAGACGACGAGGAAGACAAUGACUUUGCAUCCGGUCGAUCAACACCGGUCCCAACGGAGGCAAACCGUGUACCGACGCCGGAACCCGCACCGCCGACCGUCGCCGUAGAGGAGGAAGCAAAACCGUCCUCCCCGGAACCACCACCAAAAGCAUCGCCCCUCGAUGGUAAAGCGUUCAACAGCAGCCGAUCGGACCUGAAACCACUGAACCUAGUCAAGAGCUACGACAACGAACCGAAGGAAAGGGAACAAAGCACCAUAACAGAGUCCGAUCGGCAGGAGGCGGAUGAAAAGUCGGACGUCUCGUUGGUUCCACCGAUCCGGCCCGUUCCGCUGUUGGCCGGCGGGGAGCUGCUGAAACCGCUCGGCACGCUCAAGGACAGCACGCCCGGGCAGGAUCUGCUGGAAUGGUGCAAGGAGGUGACGAAGAACUACAACGGCGUGAAGGUGACCAACCUGACGACCAGCUGGCGCAACGGGAUGGCAUUCUGUGCGGUGAUACAUCACUUUUAUCCUAAUUUAAUUGACAUGACGAAAUUGUCCCCUGGCAAUGUGAUUGAAAACUGUCGAACGGCUUUCGAUGCGGCCGAAAAGCUCGGCAUACCGCGGGUGAUUGAGCCGCGCGAUAUGAAUUUGCUCGCCGUGCCGGAUAAGCUGGCCGUCAUGACGUACCUUUAUCAGCUGCGGGCGCACUUCACCGGACACCAGCUGGAGGUCCAAUCGAUCGAUGGCAGCAGUGGUCCGUGUCGAGCAUGCAGCCACGCGGCAGCACGGGCAGUGUGUUCUUAUCACUCGCAAACGAAACUUGUCGGUGGAGAAGGAGGCGAAACAACGGACGAUUCCAGCUACGUGAUCGGAAACUACAAAUCGGACAAGCUGUGCAAGAAUCUGCUCAACCUGACCGACAUCAUCACGCCCAACAACGACGACCACCCGCUCGGGUCGAAGCUGGACACGAAGGCGGCCCUGCUGGCCAACUCGAAGCACCUGCUGGGGCGCGUCCUGUCCCCGACCAAAGAUAAGCUGCCCAAUUUUCCCUUCAGCCUGCUGGACGGGCCGCUCGGUCCGGGGCACGUGGCAAACAAUGGCCCGGCGAACAACGAGCGGGUAGAGAGCGGUGGUGACAGCAAUGGUAGCAGUAAACCAGCGAACGGUUUGAGUGGCCAUCAGAGCAGCAGCAUAGACAGUGGAAGCAGCAACACGUCCUCUUCCACGGCCGCCAAUGAAGGGGACGCGGCAAGUGAAAAGCUUACCGUGGCCACGACGGUUGACAGUGGCAGUGAUGGUCGGUCGGUGGCUGUUAAUGGAAGCAGUGCCAGUCCCACCGGCGAUGACGAAGAUGGCCAAAGACGCGCGCAAACGGAAAACAGUGUACAGCAGCCGGGUGACGAUGAUGAAGAGAUUCAAACGCUUCCGACGUUGGAUUUGAACAAAGCAAACACAUUGAUUUUACGGCACAAAGAAAUGAGCGAGCGGGCCAAGCUCAUGAUAGAACGGCUUAGAUCGUCGCACGUAGAUAGCAAAGGUGACAAGGAUGCAACCGAUCGACAGGCCAGAUUGCGCGAGGAGGCCCGCAAACUGAUUGCCGGCGCCAAGUUAAAGCUGUCCGGGCUGGACUCUCCUUCAUCGCCGACGAAACUGUUCCCCUCCGGUGGUCGCCCGGCCCCUGCUCCCCUCUCGCCAGAUCGGGCCAUCUCGCCGAUCAACAAUGGGUCGGAGUUUAUCUUUCCCAUUGGCCAUCACCAUCCGCAUCGAAAGGAUACGGGUUCGCCCGCCGGCCAGCAGGACCCUACCGGCAAGGAGGGUAGCAAUGGGCACAGCUACAAGGCGGCGGAACAGCAUCACCAUCUGCUGAAGCGCAGCACACCGUCGCCGAGCAAGUUGAUUGAGUUUAUGGGUCCAAAGAGCCAGGAGGAUGACAAUGGUCAGGUGGAACGUGUAAAUUACAUUCAAAGUGAGCUUAACAAACUGGAGCGCGAGCAGGAAGCGAUCGAUCUGAAAGCAAACGCACUGGAAAAGAAGCUACGCGCUGUGAUGGGCGGAACGAUGACGAACGUUUCCGAAACCGAAGAUCAACUCAUGUCACAAUGGUUCACGUUGGUAAACAAAAAGAACGCACUGCUCAGGCGGCAAAUGCAGCUUAAUCUACUUGAACAAGAGAAUGAUCUUGAGAAAAAGUACGAAAUGCUAAACAUGGAGCUGCGUGCAGCCCUUUCCGUCGAGGAUUGGCAGAAGACGGAGGAGCAGCGCGAGAAGGAAGCGUUGCUACUGACGGAACUGGUGGCAAUCGUGGACAAGCGCAAUGAGCUGGUGCAAAAUCUGCACAGCCAGGAGCAGGCUAUCGAAGAUGACGACGAAAUUGAACGAAAGCUGGAAACGGUAGAUAUUAACCAGAAGGACGAAAAGUGUGUCAUCCAGUGAGCUGGUGAUUUCCUUCAACUGUUCCUUACUUAAAUUGGUUGAGGUUUUACCAAUGUAUGUGGACGUAAAAUUGACGUAGUUUCAACAUUCGACGUACCAAACCAAACGACAACCCCAAAUUCCCCAAAACUGCUGACACGCGAUAGGGCCACACUGUCCCCCCGAAUGCCCCCCCCGGGCUCGAUGAUGCCGGGCGAUCGAGAACUCGUACAAGUACAAUCAUCGUUCCAACGCACGAUCGUUCAACCUGGAACAAAUUACAGUAGCAGAGUACACAUUUCCGUUCCGGGUUUUGAAUUCCGUUUUUUCGUAAUCAAUUCCGUCCGUUUUCCGGUGUGUGCGCGUGUGUUGUUGUAUAGUGCGUUUAGUGCAUUGUGCUUGGUAUUUAUCGAAGCAUUUGAGGACGCUGUGUGUCUGUGUGCGUUUACAGUGUGUCUCUGUAUAUGUGGUUGUGUUUUAGGAUGUGAACCUUAUCCCUGAACUUUUGUCUCGUUUCAAGCAAGCCUACAACGCGACGACGAUGGCUUAAGCGUUGGGAUCGAUACGAGUCUAAUGGGGAUGAUCCUUUCACUAUAGGUUCGUCAAAGUUGGACGAAAGUAUCUACGCUUUAUGACAAAAAGGAACCGUGUUUUGAAUGUGUACAAUAUUGUUUAGUGUCUUUCACGCCCCUUUUUCGUUCGGCUUCACAACUGGCAAAGUAAUGCGACAGCAAAGAAGCAGUCCCAAGUGCAAAUGCUUAUUUAUUGCAAUACUACACUGUAAGAGCACUAUCAUAUAGCUAUACCCUUUUUUACGAUUAAGUUUCCGUUACUUUUUACUGCUAACCGUUGUAACCGCGUAACCGUUUUAUUGUUCUACUUGUAUCUUACGCUGUAGUGGUCCGUAGUUUGUUUGGCUGGUCGAAAGCAAAGCUAGCAAUGAAUAGCUUGCCAGCUAGCUAGGGUCGUCGGGUAAGGAGCAGAUCGAGCAAAUUAUGUAUGUGAGUUAAGGGAGUUACGGGGUGGCAUACGAGAGCGAGAGGCUUACUAGAGGCGAGCGGUUUGCAAAAACGGUGUCAGCGCCACCAACAGAAACAGCUGUAAACUUAUUCAAAGUGAUAUUAGAGCGAGGCAAAUCGAGUGAGCGUUUUUUUAUAUAUAUGAUUAGAAUCGUUUUAUUACUGACACCCGCGAAGCUGCCUUUCAUAGAAGCGAGAUGAAAUAAGUAUUUGGUCACAUGAUUGGAACAUUUUCCUUACUAGCAAAAAAGGAAAAGAAAAUUGACCUAGAAAUGGGUAGGAAAAGUGAGGCAGAGCGAAUUUCCCGCAAAUGAUUUUAAUUUAUCUCGUACUCUAGCUACUUAGCUAUCCAUCUAUCUAUCUAAACAUUUCUUCCGACUAAUGUAGCUCUCAUCUAACCGUAAAGGAACGAUCAACUUUAAGUUUUAGAUCAUCAUCUAGCGAUUGGGGUUAACUGUGUACAUAAAAAGGUAGUAAAACACAAUAAUAAUGGCAUUUAUUGCCAAUUCCAAUCAUCAUACUUUCCUGCAGCAAAAUCAGGCAAAAGUAGCUGUUUUUAAAAAUGGUAAACCACAUACUGUACUACUUUUUCUCAUCCUAGAUCGUUUCACAUCACAUGAUAGAGGAAAAAUUCGGUUCACUCGUUCGGCUACGUUUAGAAGCGUUAACAAAAACCGAUGGCAUAUUUUACAAAAAAUGCUUUGAAAAGGAACUACUACUUGCAUAACUACUAGAAAUCGUCCUGCUUACGCUCGCAUGCCUACAAAUUGUAUAAUUUAUUGUUUUUCACCUACUCUACAUUCUAUUUCUGCGCCACACAUCGUAAUAAUGCAUACCGAGAGAAGAAAUAUUCUAGUCACAGCGGUCAAAGUGGAAAUUACCAGACGAGGUUGUGUCCGUACCCCUUUUGAUGCUGGCUAUUUUGGAGGAUGAUGAUGUUUUGGACCCACUGCGAAGGCUUUACAAAAGGCAAGAGUAAUGGUUAGCUUUCAAACGGUGGAAUGCUUAUUUAGUAUAGACCUCUAAUUGGUGAAGGAAAGAGGGCGAAGGGAUUACUUACUGUACUGAAAUAAGCUUGGGUUUGGUAACGUUCUUUUCUCUUCUCAAACGAUGCUAUACUAUGCAAUUGAUUGCUGCUUUUGGUGGUUUGUAAACUAUCUUUCGCUUACAGUGCAGCAUAUUAGUGGAGAGAUUAAAGAUGGAGCGGAAUGAUUUGUGUACAGCUUUGAACUUACAGCCAAAGAAAAGCACAGAGAAAGAAAGCCUAAUUGGACAAAACAGAAGCUGAACAAUGGCGAAUGGGUGGAAGAUUUCUGAACACAAUUUUUUUUUUCCCCCAAUUCCCCCCCAACACGCGCUCAAUUUGAAGGAGAUUUUUAGCUUGUCGAUAGGAUGUAGUAACAAAUAAUCGUCUCAUAUAAUGUGCAUCAUGUAUAUUUGCGUUAGUUUCGCUUUUGCUUCGGCUGGCACGAAGACAGAAACAUACACACCGAAUGCGACACUCGUUUGCAUCCUUUGAUGUGAGAGCAAACGGGGUUUUUGUUGCAAACAAACAAUCGAAUGGAUUCAUAAGGUUCUUUUGUACCGCCACAACUACUACUACUACUACUACUACUACUUACCCACCACUUUUUCUAGCAGAUUAGCAAAAACAGAUUUCACCUCCUUUUUGAGAUUGCAUACAUCCCCCAUCAAAAAAUCCUUUUAAUGGGUGUUUCUUUGCAGAGCAGUUGUUUGUGUGUUAGUGUGUGUUUGCUCGAUAGAACCGUAAUGCUUGGGCUUUUUGGUCUGUUUUAUUUCCUUCAAAACAUCUGGCAAUCGAACAAUCUAUGCUAAUUCCAAACGGAAUAAUAACCGUUCAAUGCACACACACACAUAUAGCCGAACCAAACUGUGCGGUGUGGUACGUAAUAUGAAAAAUAUUACACGCUGUGAGAGCCUGUAGCUGUCAGAAAAAGAGAACACACAUUAAUGGUAAAAUGCAGAAGAUCACAUAUUGUAAUCAACACCCCCCCCCCCACCCCUCCCACGUCAUUCGUAAAGCUUUCUAUCACAUACAAUCGGAGAAGAAAACUCGUUAAAAUAUACGUAGCAAAAAUUAAUCAUUUGUAACGCAGAUUAAAAAAUAACAAGCUCUAGGCGGGCGUCGUAUAACAACCAAAGUAAAACUUUGGCCUUCGCUCCCCCUCUCUAGCACAUGUAAACGCGCCUAGCCGGGGUGAGCCUAGCGAUAUAGAUAAUAUGAUAGUGGUGAAACAGAACGGAACGGAAACAAUAUAUAAAAUCGAAUAAACAAAAGGGAAAGCAUCGCAAACAUCGGUCAACUCGGCGCGUAUAAACAGAUUAAACUGAUGAAAAGAUCAUAUUUUUAGGCUAUAGAAUGUAACGAAAAUGAAAUUAUUUGCGUGCUGCAAAACUAACAAUUCCAAAGUGAAGCGCCACAUUGGAAGGCGGGGUGAAACGAAACGAACCCCCUACAAUUGCUACACAUCACUGCGGAGCACCAGCAAGCAGCAAGCCAUACACCGAGCACUUCAUUUACGUUACGUUUUGAAGAGGCCAGAAAAGCAGAGGGAGGAAAAAUGCAGCCUAUAGAAAAGAGUUUGCUUUGUAGAGCCGUUUGUAAACUUUUCGUAUCGAUUAUGAUGGUAGACACAUUCGUGGCACGAUAUUUUUGGAAAACAAACAAACAAAAACUACUAUUAAAAAAGCUUGCAGAAAAGGUGCGAAAUAGAGGGAGAGAGAACACAUAACAAUUCCUUGGAAAAGGGCAAAAGAUUACCAUCACACAGAUAGAGAGAGACCUGUAUUUAUAUAUAUACAAAACCCCCGUUUGCGUACCGAUGCAGGAGGAUGAGUCUAUACUUAUAUACAUAAAAAGAAAACAAAAAAUCAUAUUAUAUAUUUUUUCUCAUACUAUAUACAUACAUCCCAUUAUGCAUACGCUCACGGCGGCGGCUGGUACGUACGAGCGCCGCCGCUGCGACAAUGAUUGAGCUGGUGACGAGAGGAGUAAAUUGUGAACUGUGAGGUUUCCUAAAUAGCGUGCGCGCGUGUGUGGGGUCAAAAUUAAACCAAGGAAACAACUUAAAAGAAGAUUACUAGCACCGGAUGUCCAACGACGGCAACAGCAUGCUUGCGGAUUGUAAUAAUAAUCUGACGAUGAUGAUGAACAAUGAAAUGUAUCGAAUGAUGAUGUCAAAAAGGAA